AUGGCGCCCGUACGACCAAAGAAACGCGAUUCGAACUCAGCAGCCAUGAAGGCCGUCGCAACACCUAGACACCAGAGUCCAAUCAAGCAGAGAAAAGGCAUCAUAAGCGCACAACAGAAACAAGCUCUAAUCGACAACUUACAACUCGAAAUCACCGAACGCGCUCGAAGAAUGCGGGCCCAGUAUAAUCUGCAAGCUCAAGGCUUGCGCUCUCGUAUUGAGAUCAGAAUAAAUCGCAUUCCUAUGCCAUUGCGAAAGCUGAAAAUGGAAGAUCUACUUCUCAAGUAUGCCGAAAAGGAACAACGAACCGCUGCCGCCAGCAGACACCCACCACCAGUCCCAUUCAAAGACAUCACGUCCUUGCGCAGUCCUCAAAAGCCUGCCCAACAACCAAGCAGGCCUCAGCGGGCUGGACGCGUAGCAAAGCGACAGAGCAAUGAGAUCUCUGGAGAUAAGGAGAAUGAGAUCGAAGACAUGGCAAACCCCAAGAAGAGGCGCGUAAUUCAUCACAAUGAUGGUCCACCUAUUCGGCCAGCACAGAUUCUGUCCCCUACGUCCUCCAAUUCUCGUCUCAACGCCAACCGAGAAAGACCUGCAUCUCCCGCCAAGUCGCAAAUUGCCAGGCCUGCUUCCCCUCUCAAGAGUGCCGCCCCUACACGCACUGCAACAGCUACAAAAAUGCUUUCCAACUUUGUGGAGAAAGCAAAGUCGGCACGGGCAACAGGAACGAGAAAAGUGACGACCACAUCAACCACCAGCUCGACCACGACUGGGACUACUGCCGCGAGCAAGACACGCCGUGCACCAGCCUCAGCUGCCUCCAGAGCGCCCACCUCCAGGCCGGCGACCCGCAUGGGUCGUCGGCUGAGCGUAACAAGCGAAAUGAGUGAGGCCAGCACAACUACCGUGAUUAGAAGAAACGCUGCUCCCAAGUCGACAAAUCCUGCUCCGCGAAGAAAACCAGUCACGGCAGCGACCAAUAAAGGCACAGCAAGUUCUGAUGCGAAGAAAGCAGCCCCCAAGACUGCCGCAGCCUCAACAACCCGGACAGGAAGGGUGCUUCGAAGCCGAGCAUAA